UUUUUGUUUUAAAGCACAGCCAAAUUCAAAUUUCGCAGUUACGUUCUUUGGCACAAGCUCGAACCUCCAAAACCAUAAUAAAACCCCAACCACAAUGUGGCAGCUUCUCAACACGUUCAAAACUCAGUUGCCCAAGUCAACCAACAAUGCUUAUAAGGCGCUACAGACACAAAAAUUGCUGCACGCCACCCGCGCCUGCUCCACACCAGGUGGUGGACGUUUAGAUACACCGGGAACUAAAACAAGAAUUUUCUCUCUGGCCAACAAACGCGAACUGCAUGUCAACGAAUUUCCUGAUUUUACGAAAAAACGACAAGAAGUCAGCCCAUUUCGUUGGGGAAUCGCGCCCGUCAGUCUAAUGGCCAACGACUUUGCCACAGCUUUAAGUGUGCUGCCGCCACAGAACCACAAGAUCAUGUCCUGUGUGGCGCCUCAUCGUUCGCAGGCGCUGGCCUUUGCUAAAAAGUACGAUGUACGGAAUGUAUAUACAAACUAUGAGGAUUUGGCGCGCUGUACCGAUGUAGACGCCGUUUACAUAUCGCCACUUAAUCCGCUGCAUUGCGAAUUGUGCAACCUGAUGUUAAACCAUGACAAGCACGUGCUGUGCGAAAAACCGCUCUGCAUGGCCGAACACCAGGUUGAAAAUUUGCUGCAGAAGGCGCGCGAACGAAAUCUCUUCCUGAUGGAGGGCAUGUGGCCACGUUGUGUCCCCGCCUACCAUUAUCUGAGACGCCAAAUAAUGCGCAACUGUUUCGGCCGGGUGCACAGUGUGGACUGUACAUUGGGGCUGGUUGUGCCGUCGAACAAGUUGGCGCUAUAUGGUGGCGUGACCAAUGAUUUUGCCGUUUAUGGCAUACAACUAGCGCUGUGGGUGUUUCGCGCGAUACCCCUCAGAAUAAAGACAUCGGGCAGACUGAAUGAGGAGGACAUCGAUGUGAUGGCCAACAUCGAGCUGACCUUCAGUGAUGAUCGUAAGGCACGCAUUCUGGUCAGCGCUGAGAAUAAGCUGAGUAACGAGGCCAUUAUAGUUGGCACCAAGGGCUCCAUAAAGUUGCGCAACUAUUGGUGUCCCACGCGAAUGCUCGACUCGAAUAACACCGAGUAUGAGUUUCCGCUACCUGAAACGCAAACGUCCACCCAUUACCACAAUCGCAUUGGCAUCUGUUAUGAGGCGGAGGAGGUUCGAAAUUGUGUGCUUAGUGAACGGAUUGAAAGCGAGCUCUUUAGCCACAAAGAAAGUUUGCUUUUGGCCAACAUUACUGAUACCAUACACGAACUGCUAGGCGUGGGCAGGGAGACGCCAUUUGAAACUGAAUUUGAUGAAGAAUUAGCCUUGGCCGAGAAGUCGGGCAGUUCCUUAACCGUUGCCACGAAAAGCAAUUUGUCAAUGGGACGGGCUCAAAAGGUAAUCAACAGAGUUUUGGGCCUAAACUAAAAAUAGAAAAUAGUGGCGUUCAGCAGCAAGGUUUUCAAAAUUGUCAGUAAGUGAGCUUGUUAUGUGUGCAUUUUAGAAUACAAUAGCUACUUAGAAAAUGGAUCUUAUCAUAUGUAUAUGUAAGUGUUAGAUAAAUAAAGAAAUAACUUCAAAUAAA